AUGGCCGAUAACACACGGACGAUCAAGGCACGCUGCCUUUGCCGUUCAAGUGCACACAGCAUUACUCUUCCUCGAGAUGCCUUCCCGUUGAAAGGUUACAUGUGCCAUUGCAGCUCAUGUAGACAUAUGACUGGAUCUCUGUGUGUCAUGGCCACGUUUCUGCCUGCUUCUUACCGACCAGAGACAUCUCUCGUCGAAAAUCUCACAGCAUAUGUCUUCUCAAAAAGGAUCACGCAGUCCAGAUACUUCUGUCCGACAUGUGGCUGCCAAAUGAUGGCUCGCUGUCUCGCUGAUGGUGACGACCCAAAUUCUCAAGUUACAUGGGACAUAGCAACAGGCACCGUGGAAAAGCUCGACAAUGUGGUUGAAUGGCAAGGCCACGAGCAUUUGCAAGACACUUUAGAUGGAGGCUUCUCUGAUAUGCUUACCGAGGUCGACGGCAAAGUUCUACCAAGAUGGCCAGCACACUUCGGCCAAGGUGAAGAACUACCUCUCCGCUGGCAAUCGCCUUCGAGGCCGAAAAUACAGAGCUCACCGAACGACAAGUUGCAUGCCCACUGCAAAUGUGGCGGCGUCGAGCUGUAUAUCUCACGUCCGUCUGCUCGAUCAGCUGUGGCAAAGAAAGCGUGGCCAGAGCUUCCAAUAUCCCAGACCAAGUUCCUGGGUGGUCUUUGUGCCUGCAAUUCAUGCCGUCUAGCUACUGGAAUGGAGUUCAUACCUUGGGCUUUUGUACCCCUUGUCGACCUUUCGCUGGAUGCUGCGGGCGAGAUUCCAUUUCCAAACGACUGUCAAUUUGGCACGAUCAAGUACUACAAUUCUUCCGAGGGCUGUCAUCGAUUCUUCUGCAAGGUCUGCGGUGCAACUUGUUUCUGGGAUGGCGAUGAUCGAAAGUAUAUCAAAGACAUUGCCAUUGGCCUGCUCGAUGCGCCUGAAGGCACGCGAGCAGAGUCAUGGCUCGGAUGGAGAACCAACAAUUACGGCUACCGUGACGACACCAUCGGUCGAGCAGACAAGUUCACGUUAGCAUGUGAACACGGACUGAAAGCUUGGGAGGCCUCGAGAGAGGGAGAU